AUUAUCUAUAUCUGUGCCUGUUAAAACUGAGCAAUAAAAAAAAACACCAUGUUUAUGGUUAGAAUUAGGUCAUACAAACAUUUCGAAAUAAUUUAAAAAUACAAGUGAAACAAAUUUGCUACCGAUAUGACAAGAUAUUUUAGCUAGUUUAAUGGGCAAUUCGCAAACAAAGAGCACACAGCAGCGGACCAACAAAUCCACGCAUUCAAACCGUGACGGACAAGCCUUCUCAAGUCAGUUUAGCCUGUCCCAUUUCGUUGGUAACCUCAGUGGGCGCUCGCUGGUCAGCGUUACGAGUAACCAGUCCGUGUACAGCGCAUCGCGGCCUUGGUCUCGCGUUUCACGACGAAGAUGGAAUGAUUCAACACUAACCAAUCCCCUUGAAGCUAGUAAGACAGCCUGGCCGGUUGCGUAUAAAGAAUCCAUAUUCCUACCAGAAUUCCCAAUAUCAUCAGACUUGCUACAAAAAGAUUUUGAAAUAAAAGAGACAAUAGCCAAGGGUGCCUUUGGACAAGUGUACAAAGUAAAUAAAGUUACAGAAGACAAAGAUUAUGCUUUGAAAGUUCUCAGCAAAGCACAGGUGCUCGGUGAUAAUGCAGUAAGGCAGGUGAAAGAAGAAGCGCGUAUUCAAAGUGCCUGUGGACACCAUUCCUUCAUCGCUGGGGCUGUGUCGCGCUGGCAAACUAAGAAAAGACUGUAUAUUGUUUCAGAAUUCAUUCCCUGCGGGGAGCUGUUGGCUUUGCUGGAUCGAUACAAGGUUUUCCCUGAGGAGCUCGUUAAGAUAUUCGUUGCCGAGAUUGCCGUAGCUAUAGAUUUUCUCCACAACGCCGGCGUAAUUUACCGCGACCUUAAACCAGAGAACAUCCUCCUCGACAACAGCUACCACAUCAAGCUCAUCGACUUUGGGCUCUCCAAGUGGGUGUCCAUCGGCUCGCGGACCACCACCCUCUGUGGCACCCUGCAGUAUAUGGCCCCCGAAAUACUGAGCCGAGAGCCUUACGGCCAUGCAGUGGACUGGUGGUCUUUGGGCGUCGUCGCCUGUCGAAUGCUGACUGGUCAAUUUCCAGUGCCUGCGGCCGCGCGCAGAGCAACGACCCAUGCGGGUGACACUGACGAUGAAAACGACGUCACAAAUCGAGAGCAGCCUGUACCGGGCACGUUACCACCAAACGCCGAAUUGUCAAAACCCGCCCGCGGCUUGCUGGUGCGUCUCCUCGAUCGUGACCCUCGAGUUCGCAUGAAGAGCUUGAGACAGCUGGAGCAGUCCGCAUUCUUCAUGGGGUACAAGUUCGACCACGUGAAGGCUAUGAAGGUGACUCCAAGAUCCAUUCUCGAACGUUAUUUUCCGGACGGACCUCCUGAUGGCACUGAAAAAAGAAAAGACGGCAAUCUGCACUUCGAAAACUUUGAAUCGCCUUAAUUUUCCAGAAAGUUAAUGUUAAUUUCUUAAUCAUUCCAUUAAUUAGUGCUUCGAUACCUCAGUGUGAUUCCAAAUGAAGAAUAGUAUUGAAAUAAUACAAUGGUGCCAUAUGUAAAAUUUAUAUAAUUAUAAAUUAAUCAGAAUAGUGUACAUUUAGGUCUAUAAUCCUUCCAAAAUAGUUAUUAGGUAUCUUCUUAUCCUCUUAUUAAUAAAACUUAACAAGCAAAUAAAUAUAAAAAAAGCCUGAAUUAGUAAAUUUAUGUAAUUAUUAACUAUUAUCCCUUUCUUACUGAUACGUAGAUCAAAAUGAAGGAUUAAAACAAACGAUUAAUAGCUAAUUGAGGAUUGGAGAGCGCGUUUAUAUAAAAAUGAUUAUGCCAUUAGUAAAACUGUGGUUAGCACCUCGUUGUGUCCUGUUUCCUGGUACCUAAGUAACUGGGUCCUUAAGUUGUAAUCGGUCACAUUGGGCCAUUAGCAGCUAGCCUUUUAAUAAGAAGUAUACAGCAACUGUAGAUGUAGAUUUAUUUGUAUUUCAUUCAUACAUUUCACCCUUGCACUCUAAUAUUAAUUUUUGUUAUUAGAAAUACGAAUCUCAAUUUUAUAUAGUGCAUUUUUUUAUCAUAUUGUUAAAAAAAUGCAGCAAAAAUCACGGUUAUAUUUCUUUAUCGCACACAUGUAUAGUCAAAGUCCAAGUCCAAGAGUCGCUUGUCAGUGGAGCAUAGGAAGCAGAGAUAAUCAUAUCGUCUUUUCCUUAAUAUUAUCUUAUUAUUAUUAUGCUAGACACUAGUCACGCUAGUGUUACCAAAAAAAAUUAUGAGUAUAUUAUAUAGUAAACACCCCUAUAAUGGAACUGGGCGGCUACCGGGAAAAUCGAAAUUCGUCAAUUGCGGGCAUUUUUCUCUGUCACUCAGGCCCCCAGGCACCUAAUGGGAUGGUAUAGACAAAUCCUGUAAAACAAGUAUUUACUUACCAUCAGUUUUUAAUCGCUGUCAACAUUUUACCAUAAACAAGAGCCAAAGAGCUGUUUAAGUUUGAUUUUUCAUUGAUAUUUCUUAGUUUAUAAAUUAAUUAGUUUAUAAGUUAGAGUUUGUCGUAUCACCUCGUUUUGAGAGCACUCCCCUGACUGCCACAACCGGUAUCGGAAUCCUUGGCGUCGACAUCUCCAGUGAAGUCCAGUUCCGCGACCAUCUAGAGGGUAAGGCUAAAUUAGCCUCAAAAAAGCUCGGUGUGCUCAACAGAUCGAGACAGUAUUUCACACCGGCCCAACGCCUACAGCUUUAUAAGGCGCAGGUGCGCCCUCACAUGGAAUACUGUUCUCAUCUAUGGGCAGGGGCACCCCAGUACCAGCUUCUCCCUCUGGACCGCAUCCAACGAAGAGCGACUCGAAUUGUCGACUGCCAGUGUAUUUCGGAUCGGCUUGACUCCUUGGCGCUGCGUAGAGAUGUGGCCUCGCUCUGCAUUUUCUAUCGCAUGUACAACGGGGAGUGCUCCGAGGAAUUGUUCGGAUUAAUCCCUGCCGCUUUUUUUCGCCAUCGCCCUACGCGACAACAUUUCCAUCCUCACCACUUAGAUGGUUGGCAGUCCUCAACUGUGCGUUUUUACAGGAACUUUCUGCCUCGCACUGCUAAACUGUGGAAUGAACUGUCGCCUGCGGUAUUUUCGGACCGAUACGGCCUUCAAACUUUCAAGAAAAGAGCGUACUCCCAUCUUAAAGGCCGGCAACGCACUUACAACCUCUCUGGUGUUGCAGGUGUCCAUGGGCGGCGGUAAUCGCUUACAUACUUUAGCACAGACACUGUCAGUAUAAAAAGGCGACAAAUUAAAAAAAAUGUAGGCGCGAAGAAAAAAAAAUGAAAUAGAAAAAAAUAGAAAAUUUAAAUUUCGCGCCUUUUUCUACUGACAAGUAGGGUGUAUUUCAGUCUAGUAUAGUUUUUCUACUGUUAUUGACAGCCUGUGUAUCAGACUAUAUCCACUUUUAUUUUCCACCUAUUUUGAGACACAAUGUUCGUCCAGACUAUAAAGGUAAUUUUUAUAUAUUUUAAUAUAUGACAAGAAUAAUACAUAUAUUAUAUGAUAAUUAAAUCUGAACAAAAUAAAUUCGUAAUAUUGGUUAAAA